AUGCGCUUUUCUAGUCUAGCUAUCGUCUAUCAAAUCGCAAGCAUCUUCGUGACGUCCAAAGCUUGGGCUAUCAUGGACCAUAUAUUUGAGCAAAGUAAAAUAUUUAAUUGUGGUGGAGUUGACGUUGGGUACUAUGAAUUUGCAGUGCAACGACGAACGGUACUUUCAAGGUCAGCAAGUGGUAGAAACCCAAGGCCUUGGUCUUUAGUAGUUCAAGAGUUAUUUAAAAAUAAACCCAUGGGCGAAGAAGAUCCACCAGUCAUGUUUAGAGACGACUAUUCAACUUCUUUAACAUAUUACAAGCUUGACGAAAAAACGAGGUUGAUGAAUUACGGCUCUCAUAAUCUCAGGACUGACUAUGUUGUCGCUAUCGAUCCAAGACGUCGCGCGUGUUCUAUGAUUUUGAAAACACAAGAAGAAGCGAGGGACAACAGCUGGUUGGGCGAGCCUAGUUUCGAGUUUUGCACCAUUAAAUGA